GGAGUAGCACUAUAAAUACUCCAUAAUUCCUCCUAAUAUUCCUUACACCAAUAUUCAAUUCCACAAAACAAACAUAUACACUUACUUACAAGUGGAUUUUCCAAUACAAAAUAAAUGGCUAACGAACUCAACGGGCAAACCAAAAAUAUGUACACUACUCUUACCAACGGGUCACUAAACGGCGACCACUCGAACCACGGAUCGAAAGCGAAAGAGGAGGACGAAGAGUCCUACGCUUACGCCGCUCAAAUUCUAAACUCAUGUGUCCUUCCCAUGGUCUUGAAUGCCACCAUUGACUUGGGGGUGCUCCAGAUCAUCCAGGAUGAGGCGUGCUCUAGCAGGCUAUCACCCGCCGAGUUGGCAUCCAAGAUCAAGGCCACAAAUCCUGAAGCUCCAACCAUGUUAGAUCGGAUGUUGAAGGUCCUAGCCACUUACUCUGUAGUUAGUUGCACGGCCGUGCCCACCGCUGAUGGUGGAGUCCAAAGGCGGUAUGGUCCCGCGCCUGUGACUAAGUUCUUUGUGCCUGAUCAAGAUGGGGUGUCAUUGGCACCUAUGUUGAACUUAGUUAUUGACAAGGUCUUCCUUCAAAGCUGGAGUAAAUUGAAAGAGACGGUGUUAGAAGGAGGGAUCCCAUUCAACAAGGUACAUGGAAUGCAUGCAUUUGAAUACCCAAGUGUGGAUCCAAGGUUUAAUGACAUUUUCAACAAAGCAAUGUAUGAUCAAACAACAUAUACCAUCAAGCUAAUACUUGACAAGUACAAGGGCUUUGAAAACAUCCGACAACUUGUUGAUGUUGGUGGAGGUCUUGGCCAUAGUAUUCAUGCCAUUACAUCUAAAUAUCCCUCUACUAAGGGUAUCAACUUCGAUUUACCUCAUGUUAUCGAACAUGCCCCUUCGUUGCCUGGUAUAGACCAUGUUGGUGGAGAUAUGUUUGAAAGUGUUCCUAAGGGAGAUGCAAUCUUCAUGAAGUGGAUCUUGCAUGACUGGAGUGAUGACCGUUGCCUAACGUUGUUGAAGAACUGCCACAAGGCCUUGCCGGAGAAUGGUAAGGUCAUCGUCGUGGAGACAAACAUCACGGAUGAGCCAGAGACGACGGCCCUAGCAAGAGCCAUUAGCCAGUUGGAUGUAAGCAUGAUGACACAGAAUCCAGGAGGAAAAGAGAGGACUAGGAGAGAGUUUGAGGCCCUUGCUAAGGCAACUGGUUUUGCUGGUGUCAAGUUUGUUUGUUAUGUCUCGAACUUUUGGGUUAUGGAAUUUUACAAAUGAUUUCAGAAAUUUGUUGGAAUUUGACAAAAAAAAAAAGAUAAUAAUAUCAAGUAUGUAAGCAUUUCUUAUUAAUGCAAUGAGAUAAUGGAAGUGUAAGUGUUAGAGGAUCA